UAUUUUUUUAUUACGAAAGAGGCAAUGUAAAGAAUAACAGCCAAACAUCACCACAUUGGAGAACACGCCUUCGCCUCUCGGAUACUCCCCGCCUGUUCAACUGUUCAUCCGUUCCCCAAUUCCGAUGGCCACCGCCGUAGUUCCUCUUCCUUGUUCCGGAGGAAAUCAUAUUAAGCCGCGUAGUGUUUUAUCUACAAACUCAGGCGCUUGCGUCUUGACGCAGCCUUUGUUUGUUCGGAGGAAAGCUUCUUCUCGUACCAACCGCCAAAUGUCCAUUCGAGCUCAAUACAAUGGGCGUAACAGUGGAAAUGGUGCUGAUUUUGUAGCUGGUUUCCUUUUAGGAGGUGCACUGUUUGGAACAUUGUCAUAUAUAUUUGCUCCACAGAUAAGAAGAUCGUUGUUGAAUGAAGACGAAUAUGGAUUUAGAAAGGCUAAGCGACCAAUUUACUACGAUGAAGGAUUAGAGAAGACCAGGCAGACCUUGAACGAGAAAAUAAGCCAACUCAACUCUGCCAUCGACAAUGUCUCGUCCCGGCUGAGAGGUGGCAACAAUCUUCCUCAGGUCCCAGUUGAGAACGACGCAGAAGAAGCUGCCCCCUUGUAAGCUUUUCUUACAUCUCAACACUUGCUCGUUCGUAUCAUAAUAUACAUGUUUACAAUUUGUUUGGUGGGCAUCGUGAGAUAAGUCGAAUGUUCUGUGUUUUGUUCCGUCUCGUGAAAGAUGUCGAAUACACAUUCCAUCUUUGAAUAACAAACAGGUACACUACUUACUGUUUACUUUUAAAAGACUUGCCUUUUCAUUUA